GUUCUGACCCUGUUCAACAUGUUCGCCAACGUGAAAAUUCUUCCCGUUGUUUUGGUUGCUAUUUCUUCGGUUUAUUCAAACUCUCCAGCGCUAAUAUUGGAUUUGGUGCUGCAUUGGAAACAACCAAUACAGCUCAGGGUGGAGACUUGCUGGACUCCGAGAGAACUUAACGCUUUUAUGGAAAUCGCUUCUCGCAGUAGUGGAAUACAUUUAUAUACUCAGAAAGCGAACGACGAAAACCUAGCACAUCGAUCAGUAGUUGUAUGGGAUUUGUACUGUCAUGACCUGAAGGAUAUUGUUGAGCAUGACUUUUCACAAACUCGAUACAUUCUGUUCAGUGAUAAACCUUAUUCUACAUUUGAUGACCGUCCAGUUAGGAACAUCAUUGAGGUGUUCAACACGACGAAUAUCAGAGAUAUCACUUAUGCGGAGAGGGAUAAGGGCAAUGGAAAAUACCUGAUAAAAAAAAUUUACAAAAAGCUGCCAUCAAAUCGAUUCGUUGAAAAACUCAUUGGAUUUUGGCAAGAGAAUAAAUUAAUUUAUCUUCCGCUAGAGGUUGACCGAAUUAAAAAUCCGAAUCUUCAGGGUACAAAACUAAAAGCAGCCAUCAUCUGUAACUCCGAGGACAACACAGAAACAACGGUUAACAUUGCUCUAACGGAUAGUUUGGUCCGUUUGCUGAAUGCUACCGUAAGCUACCACUGCGUUGAGGACUGGGACAAUGGAAUACGUCGCGGUCUUGAGAACGGUACCUUCGAUCUCGGAGCAUCUCCAAGUUACAUAACCGCACAACGUUUGAAGCAGAUACAGUUCCUCACUAUGACAGCGCCUUUGAAUUACGAGUUCAUUUUCCGUUCGCCAAAGUUAUCCUAUACGGGUAACGUGUUCUACCUGUCGUUUCACAAACACGUUUGGUUGUCUACUAUAGGGAUUAUGCUGCUAGCUAGUUUUCUACAGCUCCUGAUAAACCAUGUUGAUGAUAUGAUUGCUCCGAGGCAGGGCUCCGACGAAGAAGCCAAUUAUCUGAACGGUAUCAGCGGAGCGUUGUUAAAUAUGGUCAGCAUAGCCGCACAGCAAGAAGCGCUCGCUCAAUUGAAAUCCAUAUCCUCGCGUAGUUUGAACAUUAUCAUGCUAAUUAGUCUUAUGGCAUUGUACAUUUGCUUUUCCGCUAACAUCGUAGUGUUGAUUCAGUCACCUUCCCGCGACAUCCGCACUCUGGAAGAUCUGCUGCAUUCUGGGUUGCAACUAGCAGCGCAGGACAGUGCUAUUAAUCAUAUUUUUAUGUCGACACAAACUGACCCUGUGAGAAAGGCAAUGUAUACAAAGAUAAAGGAAUCUAAGUUAUUCCUACCGGUGGCUGAAGCUUCUGAGCGAAUACGAGCAGGAUUGUUCGCUUUCCACGCCGACACAAAUCUCGUUUUCCGUUACAUGCUAGAGCAUUUUCAGGAAGAAGAAAAGUGUAACCUACAGACGAUCCGGUAUCUUCAGCCGUUGGAUGGAUAUUUUUCGAUGGGAAAAAAAUCACCCUAUUUGGAGCACGUUAAAGUUGGAUUACUUAAACUGCAGGAGUUUGGUUUCCAAGUAAGAGCUAUAGCGGCACAUUACCUUGCAACACCUCCGUGUAUUGGAGAUAGUGUUUUCGACCCUGUUUCCAUAAUAGAUGCCUUGUUUGCCAUACAGUUAAUGGCAUGUUCGCUGUUUUUAGCUGCUGCAAUACUCGGUCUAGAGAGAAUCACGGAUCGUUUUCAUCUGCAAAGGUUGCUGCUGACGAAGCUUGACCGUGUAAUCACAGCGGCCACACAAUACCUAAUUCAAUUACGUUCUAAAUUCAAAACGCUCUCUAUGAUCUACAAAUAGGACAGGAGUCAUCUCUGCGAAAGUCAAUAAACUGCAGUGUAUUCUUCGUAGAAAAAAGUCACAUUUUAAUAGUAAUCUGAAGAGUAAAACAAUAUAAAAAUAUUUGCAAAUUUUUGUUUUUUCUUGCGAUGAAGUGUACGAUUGUCAUUUUAAUGGCUUUCAGCUGCGUUAUUGCCAUCUGCCAUACGCUGCAUAGUUAAAAAUUGAAUGUUGAACAUCUCACUGAGUUUAAGGCAGCAAUUUAGUUAAUAUACAACUGUAACUUAGCGUAGUUGGAAUACCUUCUAUUAAGUUAGCUAAAUUGGGCACUGUACACGCAACAGGGGAAGCAGAAAGUCAAAUACGUUCAUUAAAAGAAGUCAAGUCAUAGUACAACACAGGGUUACAAUUCUGUUCGGCAAGAAAUGGCAAAUCACUACACACCUUCGACGAUUGUGUCCAUGUUUUCCUUGUUUUCUUCGCAUUCCGCCUCG